AGCCAUUCAUCCCUGCGCCUGGCCCUUCCUCUCCCAGCUCUGUUCUUCUCUUUAUUUCUUUUUCAUUUUUUUUUAUCAAUUACCAUUUUAUCUUAAUUUUUUUUGUUAGGUUUCGAGUUUUUCUUCGAAAUUUGCUUGUUUUGUUGUUUGUUAAUUUUCAGAGCUUGAGGGUUAGGAGGUGUGGAUUCAGUUCAAGAUAGAUAGAUAUUCAGCGUUUCCCACCUGUGUUUAUAAUAAUACCGCCACUUAGCGUUUUUUGAUAAUUAAUUCCCUAUAAAAUUGAGUCAACACCAUACCAUAAAAUUGAGAAAUGGAAAAGAAAAAGGUAGCGGUUCCUCUUGUUUGCCAUGGUCACUCUCGCCCAGUGGUCGAUCUCUUUUAUAGUCCUGUUACUCCCGAUGGAUUCUUCCUUAUCAGCGCAAGCAAGGAUUCCAAUCCUAUGCUCAGGAAUGGAGAGACUGGAGACUGGAUUGGAACUUUUGAAGGGCACAAAGGCGCAGUCUGGAGUUGCUGCUUGGAUGCUAAUGCUUUGCGGGCUGCAACUGCUUCUGCUGAUUUCUCCUCCAAAGUUUGGGAUGCAUUAACGGGUGAUGAGUUACAUUCUUUUGAACAUAAGCACAUUGUUAGAGCAUGUGCUUUUUCUGAGGAUACGCACCUUUUGCUCACUGGGGGAGCUGAGAAAAUUCUCCGAAUUUAUGAUUUGAAUCGUCCUGAUGCAGCACCCAGAGAAGUGGAUAAAUCCCCUGGUUCUGUCAGGACUGUUGCAUGGCUUCAUAGUGACCAGACAAUAUUAAGUUCUUGUACUGAUAUGGGAGGUGUCAGGCUAUGGGAUGUCAGAACUGGUAAAAUAGUGCAGACACUUGAUACCCAAGCAUCUAUGACUAGUGCUGAAGUGAGUCAGGAUGGUCGUUAUAUUACAACUGCUGAUGGUUCUACUGUUAAGUUUUGGGAUGCAAACCACUAUGGAUUGGUGAAGAGCUAUGAUAUGCCCUGCACUGUGGAAUCUGCUUCAUUGGAGCCCAAGUAUGGGAACAAGUUCAUUGCUGGAGGAGAAGACAUGUGGAUCCAUGUUUUUGAUUUCCAUACUGGCAAUGAGAUUGCAUGCAACAAGGGCCAUCAUGGUCCUGUACACUGUGUCCGUUUCUCCCCUGGAGGAGAAUCAUAUGCAUCAGGAUCUGAGGAUGGAACCAUCAGAAUAUGGCAGACAGGUCCAUUGACUCAUGAUGAUGAAUCAGAGGUUUUAUCCCCCGAAAAAGUGAAGGUAACCGCGGAUGAGGUUUCAAGCAAGAUUGAGGAUUUUCAUAUUGCAGAGGAGGCUAAGUCCAAAGAAAAGGAAGAGGUUGGGGAGGAAUUAUAGUACUGAUAAUUAUGCCCAUUUUGCUUGGCAGAGUCAUAGACUUUUAGCAUAUUACCUGAACCAAGGGCCUUAUAUAUGAUUAUUAUAAACUGAAUUUUGUAAAUUUUAGUUUGUAUUCGACGUAUACUGAAUUGUUGAGCUGGUUAAAGAUAGUUUUAUUGAGUUUUAUGGUGAGUAACGAUAUAUACACAUCUCAUUUUUGAAACA